GUUCUCCGUCUGCUGAUGAUCAAACCGCAGAAGAAGCGUCCGAUUCACAACAUUUAGCGCGAUGGAGUCCGGCGAUGCAGCUCGUGGAGGAUGGAAAACCCACCAGAAGCUGAAGGUGAUCAUGAAGCAGGAGGAGCUGAUCGCUCAGAAGAAGAGAGAGAUCGAGGCCAGACUCAGAGAUCAGGCCCAGCAGAACCACAAACACCAGCAGAACCACAAACACAACCUCAACCAGAACAAAACCAGCAGCUCUCCUCCUCCAGAAGCUUCUUCAUCAUCUUCGUCAUCAUCAUCUUCGUCAUCUUCUUCAUCAAAUAAGUUUGUGAAUGACGGCAGUUUCCUGCAGCAGUUUCUGAAGUUACAGAGAGAGAAGAGCAGCGCUGAUGAAGGUGAGACGCCUGUGCUUUACACAGACACAAAUCUAGCUAAAGUGGACGAGUUCCGCCAGAGCAGCAGCAGCAGCAGUGUUAAUGAGACACAGCCGACCGCAGCCAAGAGGAAGAGGAAGAGCCGCUGGGGGGCUGAAGAUGAUAAAGUCCAGCUGCCCCCACCUGUUGUACACACACUCACACCUGUGGAGCCCGCAGAAGAGACCAGCACUGCAGCACUCUCUGCAGUCUUCAUGAAGGAAUCAGUGAAUCGCUGA